UCAGCGAACUCUCAUAAUUACUACAACCUACCACGCCUGACGUUUUCUUCCGCACAUUGCUUCAUGCGGAUUUUGGCCCCCGACGUCUAGCGCAUAGUGUUGCGCAUUUGCGAUCGAAAGUCACACGAUAGAACAUGGAGACCAUAAGUAGACUCCCCCGGAGACUCACUCAGCUAUACACAGAUACAAAGGUCUCUUGCGAAGCCGUAAUAGAACAGGACACCACCGACACGCAACCCGAGAUCAACGCACUGCACCGCAAAUAUCGCAUACAAAAAGACCGACUCAUAGCAUGGGGGCUCGAGUGGAGUGACAGCACAAAGGGCCGUCAGGAUGACAUUGACGAGAGCGUGGAGCGCGCAGGCCUGACGGAGACUGUGACAAGCGUGCUGGGCACCAUCAAAGAUAUCCUGGACGAAGCGGAGAGGAUGCACCCGCCUGCUGUUCUUGCAGGUGGCAGGAUGCUGUCAGGGGAGAAGACUCGCCCCCCUGUGACUUCCGCGUGGGCGGCUGCCGACAGGUCACGGUACGAAGACCUCGCCAAGGACCUGACCACUUCCAUCGACAUCCUCUACGACUUGUCUCGCACGCGGCGGACUCAGCGUGAAGCUAGCCGCGGAUCAAGCCCCCACCACAAAACUGUUCCUCCACCACCGCGCAGGGCUUCAGCUUCAGCUGUAUUCUCCUCGUCACAGUACAGUGCCUCCGACCUUACACUCAUCAACCCCGACACCAUCCCAGUCAUCGCCCACGAACUUGCCAACAUCGCCACCCAAACCGAUUUCCCGCCCAAGCUGAACCCAGCAGACUUGGCACUGCCCCAGGAAGAGCCUCCACCCUAUGAGAGCGUAGGAGCUUCCUCCAUCCGCGUCAUCGGAAGAUUACGGACGAAGCACACCUCCACCAACCCCUGGAAGACGGAUGGUGCUAAGAGUGUGGAGACGCCCGUCCUGGUAGAGUUCGCUACGUACGACCCUACCUAUCGAUCUACCGGAGUUCCAACACCUACCGACCGCCUCGAAACACUCUUGUCCAUCCUAGGGAGGCUGUCAACCAACCAGUCGUUUCACGGUACAUUGAAAUGUCUUGGAUACUUUGAGGAUCCCACGCAACCGCGUUUUGGCCUGGUGUUCGAGCUUCCGUCAUUUGUCUACUCUGGAGCAGCUGAUCUUAGCAAGCCCGUGGAGGAGCUUCGUCCUGUGACGCUGCUUAGCGUGCUUCAGACGGGAUCUAAGUCGCUACACAACUCCAACAGCGCCACCCCACCCCUCGAAGACCGGUUCCGCCUCGCCUUCACUCUCGCCCUUACAUUCAACAAGAUCCAUGGCGACGAGUUCGUACACAAAGACGUCAACAGCAGUAACAUUCUGGUGUUUCGCAAGAACAAGCGCCAGUCUGCGAAUAGUCGAGCAUUGCAAUACGCCCUGCGUUCUCCUGUCAUUUGUUCCUUCGACCUCUUCUCUGAGUACGACAUUGAGCCGGCAAGCACAAUGCCACCCCUGAACAUAUAUCGCCACCCGGAAGACCCCAAGUUCACAGGAGUGAAGGAGAAGACCUACGGCCCACAAUUCGACCUCUACAGCCUGGGUCUGAUCCUUCUUGAAGUCGGCUUGUGGCAGCCUCUCGCGGAUUUGUGGAAGCCCAAGUACACACUCAUCGACUUCAAGCAGCGCGUUGAGGAUGUCUAUAUUCGGCGCCUGGCAUCCAAGUGCGGCACUGCGUACAUGCAGGUAGUGCGCGACUGCUUCUGGGCUGCCGACCGCAUCGAAUCUGGCGCAGAAAGCCUGCAGAACUUUCCGCAGCUUUACAAUCGCAUUUUGAUUAGGUUGCAACGGUGCUGCCUUCUCGACGAGGUCGACCCUGGCCUCGAUUGGGGCGAGUUGAGUACAGGCGCACCGCAUCUCGCUGGCUCCUCCCCACUGAAGCGCAAGACCGCGAGUCAUGUACAGCCUGCCGAGUUACCUUCGAGUCCAUCAUAUCGAAGUGCCAAGCGCUGGGCUCUUGAGAAAGGCUCGCAUGUUCUUGAACGAUCGCGCUCACUUUCCAAGACUACACAGUCGCCUAAAAGCUCUCCUAAUCUGCCUGCAUUGUCAAGGCACGGGUCGCAACGGUCACAGCAUUCCAUCCGCAAGUCUCUAUCGCACUUGAUGAGUCCCAAAGAAGAACCCUCUCAGGAGGUGGACUGGCAACAUAGCAAGACUCUUCACAUGGACACCCCGCCUGAUUCGCAAGAACAUGGUGAUCUGGCACUUGUGAAUGAACACCACCGGGCGCAUAGCACGGGGGACAUCCAGCGUUCCCGAGGUUUUCAACCAGAAUUCGGCACACCGCCAAGGUCUAUGACCCACAAGGAUUACAAAGACAAGAUCACGCUCAUACAGAACCUGUGGCGGCAACGAACACAGAGUCGAGCAAAUACCAUCGGCGCGUUGAUAAUGGACGGAAUCGGGCACUGGCCGCAGGCUGCCAUCGGAUACCCAACGCCAGAGCCCGAAGAAAAGCCCCAAGACCAGAGUAUGACGCAUUCAAUUCAUAUCCAGCGCCACCCGAGUCAGAGCGUUAGCCCACGAGACUCCACGCUGGAGAUCAACACGAAUGUCGAACUCCAGUCUCGCCAGAAGCUACGCCUCCACCCUGUGAUGUUUUCAGAAGAGAUUGUCGAUGAGUGGCACAAGAAGAUACUACCUCGGCUAGAACGGGUUCUCGAACGCACACUGCGAGACUCGGACGAGACUGUUAGUAUUGAUCUUGUAGCUGUGGGCGAGACAGCAGACAAAACCCGUCCGACCAUCUUUGUGACUUGCAGCAGCGUGCCCAAAGUCAAAGCUGUGUUGCAGCGCAGGUUCAAGUACGAUCCCAGUAUCUUUGACCUCAAAGUUCGACGUGGCAGGGUCCGGCGAUCGAAGCUCAAUCGAUCGAGCCGUAGGAGGAGACCACCACACCGAUCCAUGGCGAACACGGAUGAUUAUGAGGGUGACAUGCAUGUCAUGAACCCAUUCCAUCAGGAGCGGCCAGUUUGUGGGGCAUCCAUUGGCGCUUUUCGAGGAGAGCACCUCCCGCCUGUCUCUUAUGGCGGCGUCGUGCUCGUCGACGACGAGCCUUUGGGCAUGAGUGUCCAUCAUCUUUUGGAUGCGCCAUCCGAUGACGAGAGCGACGCCGGGGACGAACCUGUUCUAUCGAGUGGUGCGAAUGGCUCAGCCAACCCUUGGCUCAUGGGUAUGGGCUCACAGCCUGGUGUUCAGAUCGCACCCAACUCGCCCAUGCCAAUGUGGGAACUCGAGAUAUCCGACGAUGAACCCUUAAAGAGCGAUGACGAAGACUAUGAUUCGUUUGAUCUGUCUGGUUCUGAAUUCGACUCUGACGAAGAAUCGGAGUCCGAUAAUGCAGAUAUCAAUUCCAUCGCCUCCAGGGGAACAAUAGGGGACAUAGAUGGUAUUGAAUUGGGUGACGGUGAGGAAAUCAAAAUCACGCAGCCAGCCAUCGACGAUGUUGAUGACGACUUUUUUCCUAACGAGGAAGACCGAGACGAGGACCACUUGGAUUCGCACGAGCUCGGGCACGUACACGCCACUUCUGGUAUCAGACGCUGGAAAAAAGACGGAAUCAUACAUGAGAUCGACUGGGCCCUUCUAAAACUCAACGACCAACGGCUGCAGCCCUACAAUCUGGUCCAAGGAGGUCGCCGAUUCUGCGCCACUGCCGCAGUCGACCCUUCCCAACGCGAAAUCUCCGCAAAGCUCGAGCAACCUGUCACCCGCCGGCACUACACAGCAAAUGAGGACGAGUAUCCAAAUGGCGUCGCUAGCGCCACAAGCCUAGGUGGACUCAGUGUCCACUGCUUCGGCCGCACGACCGGUCUUCAAGGCGGCAUGGUCGGGCACGCCAUGAGUUCGGUCCGCAUCUACCGCCGCAAGACCUUCUCCCGUAGCUGGCAUGUGGCCGGUGGGUUCGGCGUCGGCGGCGACUCGGGCGCGUGGGUGGUUCAGAACGGCACGCACAAGGUCGUCGGCCACGUCCUCGCGUGGUGCGAGCGCAACCACAUCGCGUACAUCUGUCCCAUGGAGGUUCUCCUCGAGGACAUCAAGCGUACGCUUGGCGCUAAACGUAUUUAUCUCCCUGGGUCGGCGGAGGAGGCGAGACACCGCGCGCGCGUGCAGAAGCAUGCACUCAAGAGCGAUAGUUGUGUUGAAGAGCUUGAGGUUGCGGUGGAAGGGCUAGGGAUUGUGGAUGCGCGUGUUGCGCCGCCUCCGCCUCCGCCGAGGAGAAGCCGCUUGCCGCUGUUGAGCGUGAAUGGCGAGGGCGAAAAGGAGAAUUUGCCAGUUUUGAGAAGUAGGGUUAUGCGGGUUAAGGAGGUAGGUGGGCAGUUGGAGAUGGUGGCCGGAGGUGUCUGAAGGUAAUGGGGAACGUGCAUACUCGUGGCAUUUUCGGAGGCAUUUUUUGAUACCCUGGGAUCUUGUGUGGUGGCUUCGGCUCGGUUUGAACUGGCCCAGCAUGUGUUGUAUGUUGGGAGAAAUUAUGACGAAGGGAUACUACGUAGAAGAUGGUUAAACCCAUAACCAACCUAUCGACUUAGUAUCGAUGCAGUGGUUCGAUAUUGCAGCUCUCUAGAUAAAAUCAAAAACACCAUGUCAUGUCAC